GUAUAAAAAGUACAAAAAUCCAGAAGGAACGUCAUUUUCGAUUAGCAUAAUUGAAUUGCAUGUUGUAACAGUUAACAUUCAGUGCAACUGACUAUGUAAAUCUCUCUGAACAUUUCCGUAAACACACAUACGCCUUAUAUAUUUCUUCGCUCGCUGCCGACAGUCAUCGAGUAAAGGUCACCUGGAAAUCUCAUCUCAUCUUAUCAGGAUCAAGGCAUUCUUGUCAUCGAGUAUUUUGUCAUGGCUGAGGUGCAGUUUCGUCACUACCGAGAAGAAGAUCUUGAAGAAGUAAAGGAGGUUUUUACUGUUGGUAUGAGUGAACACAUCCCAUCUUCCUGCAUGCACGUUCUCAAACAGCCCCUAGCGCAGAUGAUUCUGGGAUGUGUGUUUUGCGCUUUACUGACCAGCUCAAAGUCCAUCCUUUUGCCUGUACUAGCAAUCACGCUGCUUUUGGCCGGAGGCCGUCAGGCUGUAAGUUUCAUGUUCACCAAGUACAUUCAGACUUCCCUUGAUCAAGAUCUCAACCACAUUCAGCAGACCUACAUGGAUCCACCUAAAGCCUGCUUCUGGGUAGCUGAGAGCCAAGGUCGUGUUGUGGGUACAGUUGGGUGUUUACCUUCAGAGAACGAUGAGAACUUCCUAGAACUGAAGCGGAUGUCGGUUAAAAAGAGUCACCGUGGACAAGGCAUUGCCAAGACGCUGUGCCGUAUGGUGGCAGAGUUCGCUCGUGAACGAGGUUAUCUCGGAGUGAUGCUCCACACCUCGGUGGUCCAGACAGAUGCACAGAAGCUCUAUGAGCACAUGGGCUUCCAGAAGGUCAGCGAAUUUAAUGCUCCAGAUGUGAUUGCCAAGCUGAUUAAUUUCACAUUGAUUGAGUACCAUCUCAUCGUAAAACACCAUCACAACUGAGACUGAAUUUGGAAUUUCACUAAGACCAGGAUGUUAUUGAUGAACAGGCUUUUUAACACUGAUUCAGACCACUAAAAGAAGCACACCACAAUCAUCAUUGGUCUAUUUCUUAAUCAUUAAAAAGGGAACUCUUCUUUUAUAAGAAACUGUUGUUCAUGUAGGGGAAAAAAUCUUCAAGAGUUUAAAUUAUUGUUUUAAAAAUCUGAUUUACUUUAAAAACCCUGAAUAGAAGCAAAACACAGUGUCCAGAUCUUUUCUAAGCAUCAUUAAUGUACCUUUGUCAAUAAAUGAGAAUGAAUAUUUGAACAUUCGGAUGUGUACUUGAGUCCUUGAGAUAGCAUGUGUUGCUUAAGAUCAUUUCAAUUUAUACUGUACAUAGCCUGUUCUCUUCUAUGUAAUAAGAAAAGUGCAGUUUUCUGUAUUCAGUCAGUGAGAGGCAUGAAAUGUAAGUGCCUUGAACUGAAAGAUGCUGUUCAACAGAAAUUGUGUGCGAUGCGAAUGAUGUCACAUUUCCACCUCCGUAGCAUUGAUGUUGAUUAUGGCAGCAAGAAUGUGACAAUUACACACCUGUAUUCAGAGUUAAUGCUUAUUAACAAAAUAACAUAAUCAUCUCUCCAAUAUUAUCAGAUGACCUAUUUAUCUUUUACUGUUUUGUAUUUUUUAUUUACGAAGGAAUGAAAAAACUGUGAUUGUCCUGUGACUGAAUGAUUAAAUGACUCUAAACAUGCAAUGCAACAUUCGUGUGGAUAAAGUGGUUUGUUCUAAUGAGACCAAAUGUAAUUUGUUAUAACAACAUAAAUCAAUAAAAACUUUUUGAAAUGUA